AUGUUCAAUACAACUGGAGUAUUCAAUAAUUGUAUAUGUGCUAUCAAUCCAUAUUGCCAAAAACAAAGUGGUUUGUACAACCCAUUAAUUACAUCAAAUAAUACCGGUGAUGCUAUUAUGACUUAUGCAAUACCGGGUUCAAUUGAUGGUUGUUAUGCUCUUGAUUCAUUUCUUUUAUCAACUCUGGAAUGUUUCUAUUCAAAUUCUGAUUGUUUAUCUAUUUUAUUAACUUAUAUGAAUACAUCAUAUAAUCUUAUAGAUACAGAAAUACCUUGGUUUAGUCCAGAACUACUUAAGUAUGACCCAUUGUCUAAUCGUUUCCAUCCAAACACGUCAUUAUCAGACAUUACAAAAGAAAUGAUGAUUGAACAAUGGAAUUAUCAAGCUUCGUUUAAUCUGUAUUACAAAACAUGUGCACCAAAUUAUUGUACUUAUUCUUAUACAGCUCGAACAUAUAAUUAUAUUGAAGUAAUUACUAAAAUAAUAUCGACUGUUGGCGGUCUUAUUGUUGCCUUACGAUUUAUUACACCUCAUAUGGUCAAUUUUAUUUAUCAAUUUUUCGAACGAAAAAACAAAACUUCACAGCAGAGUAAAUUCUUUGCACGAAUGAAAAUAUUAUUGAAAAAUUUAUUGAAACUACUUUAUACUGAACUAAUCACUCUGACAAUAUUUCCAUCAUAUAGUUUUGGACAAAUUAAUGAUCGAGUAAAAGCAAAACGUUUGAAUCAAUUAGCUAGUCGUCUUUAUGUUUUGUUACUUAUUAUUGGUGGUGUCAUUCUUAGCCUUCAAACUCUUGUACAACCUGAAAUUUUAACAAAGACUUUUACUAAACCAUCUCUUGAAACUUAUGAAUAUCUUCUACAAAAUCAUGGUGAUACACUUCAUUGUCCUUGUUCAAUAACAUCAUCAACAUAUGGUAAAUAUAUCAAGAUUGAACCUAUCUUUCAUCAGGUAUGUUCAAGUCACUUCAUUUCAAAUGAAUGGCGAAUAAAUAUUACAACUGGUAUUCUUUCCAAUCUAUCCAAUUAUGAUCGAAGAGAUUAUCGUCGUUUUCUAUCCGCUCAUUUACAAUAUCUUGCUGGAUUAUGUGAUCUUUCUAAUCAAUCAGUCAAUGCUUUCAUUCAACAAUUUCUUUCUUCAUUAUUUGUUACUAUUCAACUUCUACCGGAAUCAAUUUUAAAUACACAAAUGGAAGCACUUAUUGAAGAAAAUAAAUCGAAUGCUCCUGUAAUGCUUCUUCGCUAUCUCUCUUUACAUAGAGAUAUUAAUCAUGGUAAUGCAAUCAUAUCAUCUUAUGGAACAAACUACGAAUAUCUCUUACCUGACAGAUCUUCGGGAAAUACAAUUAUUGCUUAUGUAAUGCGAACACAAGGAAUUAUUUAUGAUAAUAAUUGUUCAUGUGCAUUAAAUGCAAGUUGUACCAUUCCAGCUAGUUUUAUUCAAACAAAUUCAUCAGAAACUAUUCCAAUCCAAGGAUUAAGAAUGGGUUGUACGCCAACUGAAUCAUUCUUUGCUUCAACUCUUGAAUGUUUUUAUAAUUUAUCAUGUAUUAAUCUCAUUUAUGAACAUAUUAAUUACUCAAGUAAUGUAAACAAUACAAAUGUUCUCGAAUCUCCUUCAAUAAAUGCAACUGUCAUUGAUCUAAUCAAUAAGCUUUUUAUUGACAAUUGGUCUAUAACAAUUAAUUAUACAUUAUAUUUUAAUCAAUGUUUACCAACAGUAUGUUCCUACACUUAUAUUCAAAAGUUAAAUGCACUUUAUACAAUAACUCGUCUACUUGGUCUCUAUGGUGGUCUUACUGUUGUUCUCAAAUGGAUUUGUCCAACAUUUAUGUAUUUACUAGCGAAAGUUUAUGAACGUUGUAAGAAGAAGCGAAUCAAUCGUAUUGAACCAAUUUAUUCUAUUCCUACUGAAAAUAGUGAAGUAACAAGAAAUGCACAUGACAUUAAUCAAGUCGAUAAUAUUGAUUUAUCAAUAAAACCAAUUAUAUUCCUAAGGUAUACAUUACAACGUCAUACUGUUUUAUUUGGAAUUAGUUUAUUCAUACUACUGAUAACAAUUGUUACAAUUCCAUCUGUUUAUUUUACUCAACGAGAAAAGAAUACUUCUGUAUCAUCAACAGUAGUUUCAAUGAUAAAUACAACUAUUCCAUCGGUGAAUGAAAACAUAUCGGCAACAACAACAUUUGUUCCAGCAGAAAAAACCUGUCAGUUAACAUUUGAAUCAAGUAUUAUCUCUUCAUAUGGUUCUUCCUCUUGGCCGAGUUUUAUUAGUAUCGGUGAUUUUAAUGGAGAUAAUUAUUUAGAUCUUCUUAUUCUUGUUACUCUCGACUACAAUAUAGGUAUACUAUUAAAUAGCGGUAAUAAAACCUUUGGAGAAUACUUAAACUUUUCGAAUACAGCUGCAUAUUAUGGACCUUACAUUAUUGUAACGGAUGUUAAUAAUGAUAGUCGAUUAGAUCUGAUUAUUUUUAGUCAUUUUACAAACGAUUUGCAAGUUCUACUUGGCAUAGGUAAUGGAUCGUUUGAACAAUCGUUAAUAGUUUCACCUGGACCAUCUAAUCAUUCAUGGUCAAUAGCUAUUGGUGAUUUCAAUGGUGAUGAUCGAUUAGAUGUUAUUAGUUCUGAUUAUUCCGAAUCAUACGUAGGUAUCGUGUUUGGUGUUAGUAAUGGAACGUUUGAAAAUCUAAUAACAUUGUCCACUGGACAUAGCAGUAUUCUGUCAAAAGUAGUUGUCGGUGAUUUUAAUAAUGAUCAACGAUUAGAUUUUGUUGUUGUUGAUAAUAAUUCAUCUCAGAAUAAUAUUUAUCUAUUUCUUGGCCACGGUACUGGUAAAUUUCAAAAUCAAACAACUUUAUCAGUUGGAUAUCAAAGUAUUUUAGGAUCGCUUGUUGCUGCUAAAUUUAAUAAUGAUGAUUACUUAGAUAUUGCUAUUUUUGAUUUAUCAAACCAUGAAUUAGACGUCUAUCUUAAUAAUGGUGAUGGGAGUUUCGGGCAAAUGUUAACAUUUACGACAGGACAUUAUAAUUUUCCAACAUCAAUGGUUGCUGCAGAUUUUAAUGGUGAUCAGUAUUUAGAUAUUGCUUUUACCAAUGAUUAUACAGCUGAUAUAGGAAUAAUGGUUGGAAAUGGCAACGGAACCUUUAGAGCAGAAAUACAUUUCUCAAUUGGAAAUGAUACUACUCCACGAAUGUUGACCGUUGGUGAUUUUAAUAACGACGGACGAUCAGAUAUAGUUGUAGCUACUUAUUUAACAGGACAAUUGCUUAUUCUUUGGAAUACUUGUGAAUGUUGUUCUUCAACUAAUUCAGACUAA